AAAGAGGGUACCUGGGUACCUUUCAGAUCAUUCGGAUUUAUGGUCGGAUUCCGGAAAAUAAUACAAGAUUUGGGCUCGCAUUCUGUAAAUUAAUUGCAAUUUUUGAGCAUUCGGAAUCAUACCUUGGCCGUACGGUAGAGGGCCACAAUUGACAGCUGCUUGCUAGGUAGAUGGAUGGCCGGUUUCCGCCGGAUGCUUAUGGGGCCUUUCCAGGGUACCCGGACGCCAGAUUUGAAGGGAGGGCAGCGGAGUACUAUCAUGGUGAUGAGGGACGGUCUGAGCGUGGCCACAGGAUGAAAGACUAUGACUCGGGCGAUGAGCGGAACGGGCAUGAAGAAGAUGGGCCAAAGAAGAAGAAGAAAAAGAAGAAGAAGGAGAAAGGCGAAAGGCACCACCGCGAGGAUCGGGGCCGAGACGACAGUGACUCGGACGAGCCGCAAGACUCUUGGAGGGGGCGGGAGCCGUGGGGGGGCCAUGGCGCCCCCCCUUUCUGGGAGGGUUCCGAGUCCUGGGGGAGGGGGGGGCACAUGUUUGGCCCGAGAGGCCCCCCGGGCGAAUUUGGAGGUGCCAGGGGGGGGCCCAGAGGAGACUUUGCCCCUGGAAUGUUCCCCCCCGGAGAGGAGGCCUUCCGGCGAGGCUUCAUGGGCCCCCCUGAGAUGGGCCCGAACGGAAUGCCGCUAGCCCCUUCCGAAGGGGGGGUUUCGGCGGCCCCCCCGGCCAGGGAAUGGCACCGUUUGGGGGGCCUGGACGAGGGUUAGGGCCAGGUCGGGGGUUUGGGAUACCGCCGAUGGGGGGCCGGGGGCUGGGGCGAGGACCCCCCCGGCCAAUGUUUCCGGCGGAGUUUGCAGGGGGCCCGCCGUUUAUGGGGGGUCCGGAUAUGCCCCCGUUUUGGGGGCGGGGGGGGCCGCCGGAUGGGAUGGAAAUGGGAGGGCCGCGUAUGCCCAUGGGACGGGGUUUCUUCCCCCCCGGAGGGGGCGCGUUUAUGGAUCGGGGGGGUGGAGAUGAAGGGGGG